AUGGCGGAGGUGACGACGAAGAAAAGAGGUCGUCCUGCGAAGAAACAGAGUCCAGAGGGCGAGGUGAAUUUGCAUCAGAAUAAUACAGACGUGGGUGAUAUUGGUCCGCUCCCAAAAACACCAUCCAAGGCACCUUUGGCUUCUUCGACGACGACAACGACAACGACAGCGGCAACUCCCAUUGAGGAGGUGACUGAAGUGUGCACGGGAGAGAAGACAAAAGCUUCGGCGUCGGCCAAGAGGAAAAACCCCGUGGUCAAGAAAACGCCAGAUUCGGCGACUCCCUCUGGAGUGAAGACGCGCAAACCUCAAACCAGGCCAAAGUCCCUCGCCAGCCCACACGAACUCUCUGCGCCAGUGCCAGAAGGAAGGAAAAAGGCGAAAGCUGCGUCUAAGAAAGCAGGCGCCUCAUCCGAAGAAAGCAGGACUCGACUGGCACAGGAAAGGCAGCCGACAACAGCGACGACAACGACAACGACAUCGAAAUCGACAUCGACAUCGACAUCGACAUCGACAAUAACUGCUGACCUGGUAUAUCCACGACAAUCCAUGUCCAGGAUCCUCGACCACACCAAAGCGUUCUCGAAACAAUCGGAGCAGCUGCAGCUGGAUCUCUUACAGCUCGUGGGCCAGAAAGAAGCUGCUUAUACUCAGGGGUUGUCCGACGUGGACACAGUUCCUAUUCCGGCGGAUGAAUCUUCCUCGAUGGCUCCUUUGAUACGAGGGACGGCGAGCACGGCAGCCAGCGCAGCACCGAGUUUGAAUGCUAAUCCCACCUUGACAAGUGAUCCAGCACAUGCAUUUUCAACACAGACCGUUGUUUCUCUCAGCCAACAACAGCAACAGCAACAUCCACAUUCCCAUCCACAUCCGCCGUCCUCGUUGCUGUCGUCUCCCAUCGGCCCUGCUCAAAACCCCCAGCACCAGUUCCGCCCGUAUUCGUCCACAAAGGCACUCCCUAUGUCCACCACAAUCGCCCUAGCCGCCCGUCAGCACAACGCCACAGGCCAGUCAUCUGGCUCAAGGCCUUCAUUGCCACCACGGCCGACCAUCCCUCCAGAGGUGCCUCGUGGACCGAAAUUGUCUGAACUGCCGCUCGAGCAACUGAAGAAGGACCCUAGGUACCGGAAGGCAUCGACGCGGUAUACCACUUUUGUCGUGGCACUGCCCUUUGCCAUUGUGACGAGCUAUUUCCUGUGGGAGAGGUAUCGCGAGCACCAGGCGUACUUGAAAGUUCGGGAUGCCAGAGCCAAGGGCCAGGGCCCGGGAACAGAAGGCCCAGCCUCGACGCCAGCGCCAGGACAGCACGAUCGGGAAUGA